AUGGACCUCGAUUUCGUGCCCGGUGUUGCUUUCAUCCCUGACGUCCACAUGGCCGACAGCCUGCGUGCAAGAACACCAAUCAACCCAUCUGCGGUUCUGUACGAGCAGGCAGCUGCUCGAACCGGCCUCCCCGCCGAGGUUGGCAAUAUGGACCUCGAUUUCGUGCCCGGUGUUGCUUUCAUCCCUGACGUCCACAUGGCCGACAGCCUGCGUGCAAGAACACCAAUCAACCCAUCUGCGGUUCUGUACGAGCAGGCAGCUGCUCGAACCGGCCUCCCCGCCGAGGCAGAUGCUCGAUCCGGCCUCCCCGCCGAGGUCGGCAUUAUGGACCUCGAUUUCGUGCCCGGUGUUGCUUUCGAUGCCAUGGGAAACGUAGAGCUAACGGGCGAUUUGCCAGGUGACGCGGACCGCGUCAACAAUAACAACAACAAUGUUGCACCCACUCCACAAUUCAGCCCGACCGCUCUACUCAACCCGCGAUCACUCGCAUCAAAACGCCCCGCAUCAUCUGGUAGCGACCUUGACCGCGGGCGUACCGAUCCCACCAUCGCUGGCCAAAUCUCACUCGUUGAGCAGUUGCACAACGUCCAGGAGCGCACAGCUUCACCAGCGAAGCGAAUCAAGACCGACGAGGACCGCAAAAAGUCUACGCAUCGCCAAGGAUUUAACGGUGGCAGCAGUCUCGAGUUACAAAAGACAGAGUAG